UCUUCAAAGCUAUCGACGAUAAUGAGACUCCACCUGGCUAUAUUCUUGGGUUUAACCCUCUUCCGGGCCACCUAUGGGUCUGCGGCGUGCUCAACAAAGUGCAAUGAGGCCUUUAAGGGGCAUUUGGUGUGUGCUCACAUCAAUGCAUGCUACCUUGAAAUGGAAUACUGCAGCAUGAUCGCCUUCAACUGUGUCCAUAUGGUGCAGCACAGGCCCUUUUUCUUGGUCGUGGGCGAGGGAAAGUGCCAUGAUGACCAAACACCAAAAUGCGAGUCAAUGGAAUAUUAG